CUUAUUAAAUAGAUUACAAUGAAAUCUCUUAUUCGCCUUUCCUCGCGGGCAACAAAUGUCGGCAUUAAACCUGUAAGGAGUCUAGCAACACAGCCUACGAAUUUGAAAGACGUGUUGGCAAAUGUGAUUCCGGAGGAACAGAAGAAGAUUGGCGCGUUCAGGAAACAACAUGGAAACAAAUCUCUCGGAGAAUACACAAUUGACCAGGCAUACGGGGGUAUGCGAGGCAUCACAGGACUUGUCACUGAGACAUCCCUUCUAGACCCAGACGAGGGUAUCCGAUUCAGAGGCUACAGUAUCCCUGAGUGCCAAGAGAUGCUGCCCAAAGCCCCGGGAGGAAAGGAACCACUUCCAGAGGGACUGUUCUGGCUACUUAUGACAGGGCAGAUCCCCACAGCACAACAGGUGGCCUGGGUAUCACAUGAGUGGGCUGAGCGUGCAGACCUGCCUUCACACGUGGUGACGAUGUUGAACAACUUCCCCUCCUCCCUCCAUCCCAUGGCCCAAUUCAGUGCUGCCAUAGUGGCAUGCAAUACAGAGUCCCAGUUCAAGGCUGCGUACGAGAAGGGAGUGCACAAGUCUACAUAUUGGGAGUACGUCUAUGAGGACGCGAUGGAAGUGAUAGCGAAGCUACCCACAAUCGCUGCCAUCAUCUACCGCAACUUGUACAAGGAGGGUUCGAGUGUGGGCACGAUAGACAACACCAAGGACUGGAGUGAGAACUUCUGUGACAUGAUGGGAUACACUGACCCCAAAUUCGUAGAACUCAUGCGGCUCUAUCUUACCAUACACACAGACCACGAAGGUGGCAACGUUUCUGCUCAUACAGUACAUUUAGUUGGCAGUGCUCUUAGCGAUCCCUACUUGAGCUUCGGAGCAGGCAUGUGUGGUCUUGCUGGUCCCCUUCAUGGUCUUGCCAAUCAGGAGGUGCUAGUGUGGCUGACCAAAGUGGUGAAUGAUGUGGGAAUGCACCCAACUGAUGAGAGUCUCAAGGAGUGGAUUUGGAAAACACUCAAGUCGGGCCAGGUAGUGCCUGGAUAUGGUCACGCUGUUCUGCGGAAGACGGACCCUAGAUAUACUUGCCAGAUGGAGUUUGCCCAGAAACACCUCCCGGAUGACCCCAUGUUCAAGAUAGUGGCCCAAGUGUACAAAUUGGCCCCAGAUAUUCUGCUAGAACAGGGCAAGGCCAAGAACCCAUGGCCAAAUGUUGACGCACAUUCCGGAGUGCUGCUUCAGUACUAUGGUCUGAAAGAGAUGCAGUAUUACACUGUGUUGUUCGGAGUCUCAAGAGCACUCGGAGUCCUCGCUUCCCUAGUCUGGGACAGAGCGCUAGGACUCCCGAUUGAGCGACCCAAAUCGGUGACGUCCGAGGCUCUCAUGAACAAAUACGGACACUAGACCAGAAAAUUUCCCCUUUUACCUGCGACAUUUACAUACCAACCCUUACCAGCAUCAUCGGAAGAAACCAACUUUUUGUAUUUCUGACGUUGGAUGAACUAAUAACAACUAGAAAACACAACAAUCGAAUUAAACUCACAAAGUUAAAGGCCAAAUAAAGAAAUUUCAUCAUUUGUUUUGACAUUUUCAAGCUGGUCCGAAGAGAAGUGUGAAUCAUCAAUCGUGAAUAUUUUAUAAAAAUUUGCACAGUGAAGUGGAUAUACUCGCUAUCAUUAAAUGGUUAACAACAAUGUAGCUAAUCUCAAGUUAUUUACAGAAUUAAUGUUCCAAAGACUGAAA